AUGGGGCUCUGCCUCCCUCAACCCUCUGGCUGGUCAGCUUCCCCGGGGGCCACCCCCGUGCAGGUCAUCGUCGUCGGCGGCGGCCUCGGCGGCUUGUCCGCGGCCCACACCAUCCUCGAGCACGGCAUCAACGUGCUCGUGGUGGACAAGAGCGCGUUCUUCGGGGGCAACAGCACCAAGGCGACCAGCGGCAUCAACGGCGCCCUCACCAAGACGCAGCGCGCGCACAAGAUCGGCGACAGCCCAGAGAUCUUCCAGGAGGACCACGGAGUGGCAGACGUCUGUCCGCUGGCGGCGAACGCUGCUGCCUGCGCAGCGUGGCGAUGGUGGGGCAUGUUGGAGGGCGAGGCCUCCAACAACGCGCCCGAGGCCCCCGGAAAAGCCAGGACUUUCCUGGACCUGAGGACACUCCUACUCAGGGCCAGCGCCACGGUUGCGGACCGUCCAGCCGGGCUGGUCCCCGCCUCCGCGAUCGUCGACGUGUUUGGCGCACGAGCCGGUCUGUCUUCGCAGGACAGGGUCAUCCUGGAGGGCAUUCGAGUCGACGACUCAUCGGCUGGUGCCCGGGUCGCCACCGAUCACCAGACCAUGCUCGACGCCAUUAAAAGGCAUUGGGGCCCGAUCUGUAUGAAGCCGUCCGCGUCCGAGGAGGAGAUCGAGGCCUACGUCAACAUGCACAUGCCGCCCGGCGACGUCUUGGACUUGGCGGUCCCCUCCGAGGCUGAGGUAAAGGCCGCGCUGAGGACAGCCCAGGGAUGUCCGGCUUCUGGAGUGGCGUGGGCGGUGGCCAUGGACCCCGUCUUGCGAUCAAUCUGUGCGGCUUUCCCGUCGCCGGACGCCGGCUACGUCGGCGGCUGCGCGGACGACAUGGGUAUCGUCAGCUACGACAUUGGUGCUAUGAGCCUCCUGUCAGCGCCUUUCCGCGCCGCGAGACGUCUCGCCGGACUGGCGCUGCAGGCCACCAAGUGCGUGGUAGUGCCGCUUUAUGCGCUCCCGACACCUCCGGUCGUGGCGCGGCUCGCGGAAAAGCUGCGUUUGCUAGGCGAGGAGUGGGGGCAAUUCAAGGUUGCAUCGUACGCGCGCUACUUAGGCGGCGCCAGCCGCCCAGAGCUCGUCCGCGUCCUGUGCGAGGAGUGCCUGUUCACGAAUCAGUUCCGCCUGCAUCAGAUAAUUUCUCCGGGGCGCUCCAGGCUCGGCCAGAUGAGAGACGCCGUGAUCGAGGGGGGUGCGUGCCAGGGGUGGCUCGAGGUCUGCGCGCUGACGAUCUGUCACUUCGCAGCGGGCGCCUCAAGCAGCCGCAACGAGCGCAUCGCGCAGACCAAGGUGCUGGCGACGGCGCUGGCGUACCGGGUCUCCGCCCACGUGCGCGCCGCUCGAGUCCCGGAGACGCGCCGUGGCAUCGCCGCUAGGCGGCCAGGGCUCCCCGGGGCGCCCCAGAAGGGCCCCGCGGUGGGCCCACCAAAGGUGGACUGGAUCAUCGACAAGUUCGGCGUGGACCUCAGCCUCGUCUCGCGCCUCGGUGGCCACUCGAUGCCCCGAACGCACCGCGGCAAGGAGCGCUUCCCCGGCAUGACCAUCACCUACGGCCUCAUGGAGAAGCUCGAGGAGAUCGCGGAGAAAACCCCCGAGAGGGCGCGCAUCGCGCUCAAGACGCAGGUGACGAAGCUGCUGACCGACAAGGACGGUAACGUGUGCGGCUGCGUCUGCAAGGACAAGGACGGCAAGGUGUACGAGGAGCAUGGCCCGGUUGUCAUCGCCACUGGCGGUUUCGGUGCAGACUUCACCGCCGAUUCGCUGCUCAGCAAGUACCGCCCCGACCUGGCGCACCUGCCGACCACCAACGGAGAGCACUGCACUGGUGACGGCCUCAAGAUGUCCAUGGAGGUGGGCUGCGACAUGGUCGACCUCGAGUGGGUGCAGGUGCACCCCACCGGCCUCGUGCACCCAGAGGAGCCCGACGCCAAGGUGAAGUUCCUGGCGGCGGAGGCCCUCCGCGGCGUGGGCGGCGUGCUGCUCGACAUGAACGGGAACCGGUUCUGCAACGAGCUGGGCCGCCGCGACUACGUCACAGGGAUGAUGUGGAAGAACAAGGGCUUCGUGCAGGGCGGCUGCACGGGCUUCUUCCUGUGCCUCAACAGCAAGUCCUCCAAGGAAAUCGAGUGGCACUGCAAACAUUACAAGGGCCGCGGCAUCAUGAAGUCGUUCAAGGACAUGAGCGAGAUGGCCAAGUUCUACAACAUCCCGAUCGCCAACAUCGACGCCAUUUUCAAGGCGUACAACGAGAUUGCCGACAAGCAGACCAAAGACCCUGAGAACGGCCCCUACGAGGCCUACGGCGGCGGCAAGUCUUGGGAUGAGUGGGGCAAGAAGUUCUUCCACAAUCUUCCUAUGGACAUCAACGACUCCUUCCACGUUGCUAUCGUGACGCCCGUGAUCCACUACUGCAUGGGCGGCAUGAGUAUCAACGGCGACGGCGAGGCCCUGAAGGCGGACGGCUCCGUCCUCGGAGGCCUGUACAGCGCCGGCGAGGCGGCGGGCGGCAUCCACGGCAAUAACCGUCUCGGUGGCAACUCCCUCUUGGACUGCGUGGUGUACGGGCGCGUCUCCGGCCGAGCCGCCGCGCGCUACCUCAGCGCGGCGAACAUCAAGUACAUCGACUCGGUGAAGGCCGGGACUGCCGCCGCCGCCAAGCUCUGA